AUGUUUUUGCCUCCUCCUUUUAUUUUUUUGCGCUUAGUACUUGUUUAUUUUAGCUUAUUUUACUUUUGUUUAAGUGAAGAUUUUGAAAAAAUCGAGUAUGCACAGGACGUGACAAAAAUAAAAUACUAUGAUUUCACAAAACAUAUUGACAAAACAUAUUUAUAUAAAUAUGUAGGAAAACCGAUAUUACAGGAAUUGACUAUAACAGUUAAAGUGUUGAAAAAUAAUGGUGAAGAUAAAAUAUUAUUUUUUCCAAAAAAAAAAAGUUUUAUGAAAAUAUCAGGAGACUGGGCUGAUUAUCCAAAAGAGAAUGAUGAAAUGGUAUGUUUAGCUUUUGUAUAUAAGAAAGAUUUAAUAAAAAAAGAAACAUUAAAAUGUCCAGAAAAUACUUUUUCCUCAGGAAGUACUUAUAAAGUUUGUUAUAAAGAAAAUAAUUAUAGCAUAAGAAAUUUAUUUUUAUAUUUUGAAUUAUCACAGAGUUAUUUGGAAAAGCUAUUUCUAUUAUUUAAUAUACCUGUCGUAGUUAAUACAGACAAUUCUGUAGUAUAUUAUACGAAUAAUAAAAAGAAAUCAAAAGAUGAAAAACCUUUAUUAGAUUUACACGUUUGUUAUAAAUCUAAUGAAGAACUAGUAUCCUAUUUAGGAAAAGUUAUAUUUAAUUCCUACCCUAUAGAUAUCGAAAGAAAUGUAAAUAAAUAUGAUAUCAUAUAUACACAAUCUUUUUUAACAUCCAACUGGGAAUAUAAUAUGUAUAUUAAAGGCGAAUAUAUAACAUCGUACAAUCGACUAGUGUUUAUUAAAAUUCCUCGAGAUUAUGACGAUAAAGUAAAAUUAAAAUGCCCAGCAUUUUGGAAUUAUGCUAUAAUGGGAGCAGGAGGUUUAAACAAGAUAAAGAAAAAGGACAAAACGAAUUUAACACAAAAUAAAGUACAUUAUUUUUUUUCGAAUUAUUAUGAUGAUACUUCAUCCAAGUAUUAUAUUCCAUUUUUAAAAAGUGAUGAUUUGCAAACGAAUGAAAAUUAUUUAAUUUGUUUAUAUUCUGAUGAAAACGAUUUCGAGGGAAUGGAUAUUGUAAAUGUUCAUUUUUAUAUCAACACAACAGAUUCAAUCAUUUUAAUUUUUUUGAUAAUUUUUGUUAUUGUUUUUCUUCCUCUCCUUUUUUCAAUGACCUAUCUCUGUGUACUUUUCAAAAUGAACGCCUUAAAGAUCAAAAUGCAUAAAUUACAACUUCUAAAUAGAAAAGAUGAAAUUGAAGAUAGAUUAAAAAGGGAGUUACGCUUGGAUCAAUACGAGUGUAUUUAG